AUGGCGAAAGCUAAGAAGGGGAAGAACGACGAGAAGGCGGCCAAGCUAGCUGCAAAGAAGCAAAAGCAGGCCAGCAAGGGUGAGAAGAAGGCCAAGACCAAGAUCGCAAAGCUCGAGGGUAGUGAUGCCGAGGAUGUCGACCUGGAGCAAGUGCUCGAGGAGUACCGGAAGCAGCAGGAGCAGUUUCUCAAAGUCACCGAGACCGUGUGCGAGGGACCGCCCAAGGCUCGCUCCGCUUCCACUAUCAUGGCCUCCCCUUGUGACCGCAACAACUUGCUGCUCUUUGGCGGGGAGUACUUUAACGGUUCCUUGGCGCAUUUCUUCAACGACCUGCACAUCUACUACAUUGACCGAGAUGAGUGGAGAUGCGUGACAUCCCCGAACGCACCUUUGCCACGUUCCGGACAUGCGUGGACAAGAGCGUCCAAUCCGAGCCAUGUGUAUUUGUUUGGCGGGGAGUUCUCGUCGCCGAAGCAGGGAACUUUCCACCACUACUCGGACUUUUGGCGGCUGGAGCCCGCUACGAGAGAGUGGACGAAGAUUGAGUGCAAGGGCAAGACACCCCCUGCAAGGAGUGGUCAUCGUAUGACAUAUUGGAAGCAGUACAUCAUCUUGUUUGGUGGCUUCCAGGAUACCUCCAACCAGACCAAGUACCUUGCCGAUUUGUGGAUUUUUGACACCCAGAGCUUUACGUGGUACAGCCCGACUCUGCCUCCUGCGCAGCUAAAGCCUGACGCAAGGUCUUCUUUCACGUUACUGCCUCACGAGCAAGGCGCUGUUCUGUAUGGAGGUUACUCUAGAGUCAAGGCUACCGUGGCGGCCAAUAAGCAGGCCAGAGGCUCAUCUCAAGGAUCGAAAAACAUCCUGAAGCCGAUGGUGCACGAUGACUGUUUCUUCCUUAGAAUGUCUCUACCUGCCGACGGAUCACCUCCAAACGCGCCUCCCAUCGUUCGCUGGGAGCGACGCAAGAAGCCCGCCAACGCGCCUACCCCCAAGCGUGCGGGUGCUACCAUGGCAUGGCACAAGGGACGUGGCAUCUUGUUUGGAGGUGUGCACGACGUGGAAGACAGCGAGGAAGGCAUGGACAGCGAGUUCUUUAGGGAGCUCUUCGCAUGGAACAUUGAGCGAAACCGCUUCUUCCCACUAGUUCUUCGUAAGGCUCGCCAGCAGAAGAAGGCCAACCAGGCCGAACAGCGCGGCGGUCGUCGCGCGCGAGCCCAGGAUCGUGAGGAUGAGCUCCUCCGCCAGUUGGCUGCCCUGGAGACGGGCAAGCCCCUAGAAGAUGCCGACGACGUGGAGCUUGAGAAGAAGGAUGAGGAGCCCGAAGAGGACGCAAAGCCUCUGAGAGACAUGCCUGUAACGAUGGAACUGCCUCAUCAGCGGUUCAACGCCCAGUUGGCGGUGCAAGACGAUGUUUUGUACAUCUAUGGCGGCACAUUCGAGGCAAAGGAUCGUGAGUUCACAUUCGAUGAUCUCUACGCGAUUGACCUUGGAAAGAUGGAUGGCUGCAAAGAAAUCUUCAACAGGCCCGUUGAUGACUGGGUCGAGUCCGAGGACGAGGAUGACGACGACGACGAAGAUGAAGACGACGACGAAGACGAAGAGGAUGAUGAAGAGGACGAAAUGGAGGAGGAAGACAGGAAGAAGCUCUACAACACACCGAGCAAGCGCAAGAAGAAACAGGGCGACGAGGCUUCCGUUGCCGGCUCUGAGACAACAGCGGCUUCGUCUUCGACUGCGCCCACGAGCACCACCGAGGAUGACGAUACAGAGACAGAGGCGACCGUGGACGAUGGCCUCCCGCACCCGAGACCCUUUGAGUCCAGACGCGACUUCUUCGUGCGCACCACGAACGAGUGGCAGGAGAUUCUCAUGACCAACCUCCGCUGGAAGAACAUUCAGCCCGAGACGAUGGCGAUCAAGGAGAUCAAGGCCAAGGCUUUCGAGCUCAGUGAAGAAAAAUGGUGGGAUUGCAGAGAGGAGAUCACGGCAUUGGAAGAGGAGCAAGAGGCCGCUGGUAUCACAGAGGUUGUGUCCCUCGCAGAAAGAGGCGAUGCUGCUGCUGCCGGAGGAGCGAGAAGGCGUUGA